CCAAGGCCCCCUUCAAACUGCCAUUGCCCUUUUCAGAAGCAUCAUUACAAACAAAAUCACAUAUAAAAUGCCCCAAAUUCUUGUUCUUCCACUCAAUUUCUUCCAUUCUGUUUCCCUCCAUUACCAUUCUUCUUUAGCUCAGUUGAAACUCGAAACAAUCAAUUACAUCUCCACUCUCUUCUCCCCACGCCUCCCCUGAAAAAAAAAAUGCAUUCUUGAGCACUCUCCCCACAUCCAAACCCAUGCGCAUUUCACUUUUCAGUACAGAAUCAAUGGGCUCCUUCUUCAAGAAUCCUUCAAAUACCCUUUUCUCAGCUCAGCUUCCCCACCCCAAAAAAUGCUAACUUUCUUGAUUCAGAAGUAGCUAGCCAAGUACCCAGAUCUCGAAAAAAGCUCAGGUUUUGAAGGUGUGAAGCUUUGGGGAAGCAAAUUGGAAAAUGGUGGCGGAGCCUUGGCUGUUGAGGAUGAGAAAUCAGGUGAGUAAUAAGAAGUUAAGUUCUAAUCAGCAAGAAAAGCAAGUGAUAGGGAUACUUUCUUUUGAAGUGGCUAAUGUAAUGUCUAAAGUUGUUCAUUUGCACAAAUCCCUGAGUGACCCUGAGAUAAGUAAGCUCAACAAUGAGAUCUUGAAGUGUGUGGGAAUAAGGGCUCUUGUGUCCGGUGAUGAAACUAGGCUAUUAGAACUGGCUUUUGUUGAGAAACUAGAUGAUUUGGAUAGGGUUGCUAGUGUGGUUUCUAGGUUAGGGAAAAAAUGCACAAUCCCUGCAUUGCAAGGGUUUGAGCAUGUAUAUGGGGAUAUCACUUCUGGCCUAAUUGAUGUUAGGGAAUUUGGGUUUCUGGUCAAGGAUAUGGAGGGGAUGGUGAAGAAAAUGGAGAGGUAUGUGGGGUCCACUGCAAGCUUGUAUAGAGAAAUGGAGGUUUUGAAUGAAUUGGAGUUGGGUUUGAGGAAGUUCCAGCAGAAUCAGCAUGAGGAGACUAGGAAAGCUUAUGAGCAUAAGCUGGUUUGGCAGAAACAAGAUGUGAGGCAUUUGAAGGAUGCUUCAUUGUGGAAUCAGAGUUAUGAUAAGGUUGUUGAGAUGCUGGCUAGGACUGUAUGCACAGUUUAUGCCCGGAUUAAUACUGUUUUCGGGGUUAGGAUUGUAAGGAGGGAUUCUCUGAGUGUCUCAAACCCCGGGGCUCAGUUUCAGGUGAAACAUGAUUUCGAGGAGAAAUGUAGUCGGAUAGAUUCAGAGUGCACGCAAGCUGACUCGAAAAGAUUGGCUUUGAGCUUGAGCAAGAAGAAUCCUAAUAAUCAUUCAGGGGUUAUCGCGUUAGAGAGGAGGAGCACAAGCUACUUAGCUCGAAGUGAAGGUGGCUUGUUCAGUGCAGAGGAUUUCAAUUUCGCGUGUGGAAUGGGACCCGGGAGGUUAUUCAUGGAAUGUUUGAGUUUGAGUUCUGCUACAAGGCGGGACGAUGAUGAUGAUGAUAUUGGCAGUGAUGAUAGAACCAGCCAGAUUUCUAGAUGUUGCAGUGUUACAAGUGGAACGAGGAGACAAACAGCAAAUUCGUCCCGUUUCUUUAGUAGAUCCCUAAGUGGCGUUCCUUUCAGUGGAAAUCCAAGACAGUUUCGGGGUAGUAUGAGUAACAACAGUGCAAGAUUUGGUCCCAAAAGUCGGGUAUUGUUGUAUGCUCCUCCAUCAACCGUUGGAGGCUCUGCUCUGGCAUUGCAUUACGCGAAUAUCAUAAUCGUCAUAGAGAAGCUGCUUUGUUACCCCCAUCUGGUUGGUGAGGAAGCUAGGAACGAUCUAUACCUAAUGUUACCAACGAGCAUAAGAAAGGCGUUGAAGACUAAUUUGAAGUCUUAUAUGAAUGGUUUAGCAAUAUACGACGCUCCUCUUGCUCACGGUUGGAAAGAAAGGCUCGAGGAAACCCUGAAGUGGCUUUCCCCGUUGGCACACAACAUGAUCAGGUGGCAAAGCGAGCGUAAUUUCGAGCAGCAGCAGCAAGUUGUCACGAGGGCAAACGUUCUCCUGCUCCAAACGCUGUUCUUUUGUGAUUGUAAAAUGACCGAGGCAGCUAUCUGCGAGCUGCUCGUGGGACUAAACUAUAUAUGCUGGUAUGAACACCAGCAAAACGCUUUGUUGGAUUGCGCAAGCAGUUUUGAUCUCGAAGACUACAUGGAGUGGUGAUUGCAAGCCCGGGAUUGUUUUUGCUCUCGAUGACAUUCCCGGAGUUGGAUAUGCUGUGAACAUCAUAUCAGUAACUUGUUGAGUACCGGAAUCUGUAUGAUAAAUUAGAUGAUAGUUGAAACACAAUGCCAUUGUCAUACCUAGUCUGCUAGUCAUGAAAAGCUUGAAUUGUGAAGUAUAUAGUUCCACACUUGCACUUCAUGAAGGUAGUGUGGAUUAUAUAUACUUUCAUGUAUGAAUUAGUCCAUUAUCCUUAAUGUGUUCAUUUUUUUA